AUGGCGUCUUUGCAUUGGCUGGACUAUACGACGGAAAGAAAUUCAGAGCCCAUCAGUCGCUCGCAAACAUCAAUCUAUUACAUCGAAGGCAACAAAUGGUGGAUUAGAGUGACUCUACUAGGCCCGACCGCCAACCUCCCCUUCGACAACGCCGGAGAGCAGCAAACCACCAAGCGUGAACGGCGCGAGUUCUUCCAGAGCUUUGUUCGACGAAUAGAUUACAAAUUGCUUCCUCUCCUCCCGCACACCGUAACAGAGAUCAUCCUAGGAGAUGCAACAGCAACCGGUGUUGAAGUGGAGCUUCAGCUUGACGAUGCUUCUGGCACCUCACAAAAUCCCACUACGGCUCUAAGAUGCAACAUCCAAGAAGACUUUCGCAGUGUCGCCUAUCCUUCAUGCGACGAAUUCCCUUCCUUUCGACAAAUCAACCACAAAGAACUGACAGGUGCUACCGAAAUCACGGCCGGGGUAUUCUGGGUCUACCACCGCAAAACGCGAUACGUCCUCAAGAUAGUGGACCGACCUCUCUAUCGACGUCACGAUACCGAGGUCAUUCGCAAGGAACUGGAGAACCUCAACUACUUCGCUGGAGUACCAAACAUAGUGCAGGCAGCUGGGAUUGCCGUAUCUACAAAUCCUUACAAGACUUUUGAUUGGGAUACCGGCUUACCACUAGUUGUGACGGGCAUUCUACUAGAAGCAUAUCCCGGAGGGACACUACAGCAGGUCCUCUCCGAUCUCCGCGUCACAGAAUACCGCUGGAAGCAAUGGCCCGUCCAGAUCGGAACCGCGCUGAUUCGCUUACACGAGACAAAGAAAACUCACAUGGACCUAAAUCCGUCAAAUAUCGUUCUCGACGCCGACGGAAACGCAGUGCUCAUCGACAUCAGCGGCAUCGGAGGGUUCACGCAUGAAUGGUGUGCACCCGAGGUUCUAGGCGAUAUUCCACCGUGUAAUCUUUCAUUCGAACAACGCCAACAGAACGACAACUGGGCGUACGGGAAACUUCUAUCCGAGAUCGCAUCACAGAUAAGCGAUGAUCCGCACGUAGAGACCUUGCGCCAAGUUGCGGACGGCUUGAUGGAAAGAGAUCUUAGAAAACGCACGAGUAUAACGACGGCCAUUGCACAGCUCCAAAGUGCUUAAAUGAUAGAUAACGAUAAUCC